AUGUCCAACCACAGCACCAUAGCUGAGUUCCUGCUCCUGGGCUUCUCUGACAUCCGGGAGCUGCAGAUUUUGCACUUUGUGGUGUUUCUAGUGAUGUACCUGGCAGUCCUGAUGGGGAAUCUUCUCGUCAUCUCAGCCAUGGUCUUUGAGCACCGCCUGCACACCCCCAUGUACUUCUUCCUUGGCAACCUGGCCGUCUUCGACCUGGGCUCCGUCUCUGUCAUCAUCCCCAAAUCCAUAGCCAACUCCCUUCGGAACACCAGAGUGAUUUCUUACUCGGGAUGUGUCGCCCAAGUCCUUCUGUUCAUGUUUCUUUGUUCUGCUGGUCUCGGCAUAUUGACCGUCAUGGCCUACGACCGGUACGUGGCCAUCUGCCACCCACUGCACUACAAGCAAGUGAUGAACCGGAGAGCCUGUGUCCACAUGGCUGCCAGUGCCUGGGUCAGUAGUUUGCUCUACUCUGUCCUGCACACCGGGAGCACGUUUGCCAUCUCCUUCUGUGGUGGCCACAUGGUGGAUCAGUUCUUCUGUGACAUCCCCCAGCUGCUCAAGCUGGCCUGCCCUGACUCUGACAGCGGUGAAAUUGGGGUAAUUGUCUUUAGUGCCUGCUUAGUCUUCAGCUGCUUGGUCUUCAUCAUUGUGUCGUAUGUUCAGAUCUUCAGAGCGGUGCUGAGAAUCCCCUCGGAGCAGGGCCGGCACAAAGCCUUCUCCACCUGCCUCCCCCACCUCAUUCUCGUGUCAUUGCAAAUUUCCACUGGUGUCUUCGCCUACCUGAAACCCCCCUCCAGCUCCACAUCCCACCUGGACCUCGCGGUGCUCGUUUUCUAUUCCGUGGUGCCUCCCGUGCUGAACCCCGUCAUCUACAGCAUGAGGAACAAGGAGCUCCAAGCUGCCCUGUGGAAAUUGACUGGACAGAGGUUAUUGACUUCAAAUAAAAAGUCCCUCUUUCACAUCUGA